AUGUCGGCCUUUACAAGUCUCACGGGUCGAGAGAGGUCGAGAUGGCCGCCUCUCACCCGUAUGCUCAUGUCGGGGGAGAUGUCGGACGAGGCACCGAGACAGUUGUAUCUAAAGGAAAAAAUCGACCGAUGGAUGGUAAAUGAAGGCUACCGAAGAUUAUUCGUUUUUGUUUUCGUGAUACUCCAUUUGAUGGUCUUCAUUUUCGGUAUGAUGAAUUACGGGCUUACGGAAAGAUCCGUCGGUUCGCGAUCAAUAUUUGGACUCACCUUUCCUAUCGCCCGUUCUGCCGCGUUGGUACUUCACGUAGACAUCGCGCUCGUUCUAUUUCCUGUCUGUAGGAACAUAAUUUCCAUGGUCCGCCGAACCCCGUUGAACGGUAUCAUUCCUUUCGACAAGAACAUCACCUUCCAUAAGCUUGUUGGUUGGUCGAUCUUCUUCUUCUCCUGGGUACACACCAUUGCUCACUGGAACAAUCUGGCCAAAUUCUCUGCUGUUAACAACUUGGGAUUUAAGGGAUUCAUCGCGGCUAAUCUGCUCACUGGCCCUGGAUGGACUGGAUACAUUAUGUUGGUUGCUUUGUGCGCCAUGGUGGGGACUGCGAUCGAACAGUAUCGACGGUCUAACUUCGAGCGAUUCUGGUACACGCAUCACCUUUUCGUCAUAUUUUUCAUAUUCUGGUCGAUUCACGGAGCGUUCUGCAUGAUUAAGCCCGAUUUUGCGCCAUUCUGUGCCGGAAUUGGUGUUUUCUGGGAGUAUUGGAUGUAUGGUGGAUUUGCCUAUCUGGCAGAGCGAGUUGCUCGUGAACUUCGAGGCCGCCACAAGACUUUCAUCUCGAAAGUCAUUCAACACCCAAGCAAUGUCAUGGAGGUUCAGAUCAAGAAAGAGCACACGAAGACACAGGCCGGCCAAUACAUCUUUAUUUGCUGCCCCGAGGUUUCAAUCUGGCAGUACCAUCCUUUCACUCUAACGAGUGCGCCCGAAGAGGACUACAUUUCAGUCCACAUUCGAAUGGUCGGAGACUUUACUAAGGCUUUCGGGAAAGCGCUCGGCUGUGACUUCGACCGGAAAGGAGCUGGAGGUAGCAAAGGAGGAGAAAAGGCCGUUUCUGACAACUCGGAGCUACGCAAAAUCCUUCCCCGAGUCUAUAUUGAUGGUCCGUUUGGUUCCGCCUCUGAGGAUGUCUUCAAGUUCGAGAUUGCCGUGCUGGUCGGUGCGGGUAUUGGUGUAACUCCUUUCGCUUCGAUCCUGAAGAGUAUCUGGUACAGAAUGAACUACCCGCAGGGAAGGACGCGUCUCCGAAAGGUCUAUUUCUUCUGGAUUUGCAGAGAUUUUGGAUCCUUCGAAUGGUUCAGAUCGCUGCUCUUGGCCAUUGAGGCACAAGAUCUCGACGACCAUAUUGAGAUUCAUACCUAUCUCACUGCCAAGAUCAAGGCCGACGAUGCAACGAACAUCAUGAUUAACGACGCGAACGCAGAGCAAGAUGCCAUCACUGGUCUUCGAGCCCCUACCAAUUUCGGUCGACCUAAUUGGGAUAUGAUCUUCAAGUCUAUCCGUAAGAUCCACGCGCCGGCCGAAGCAGGAGUUUUCUUCUGCGGUCCCAAAGCACUAGGUUCAACGCUUCACGUUAAGUGUAACAUGUACUCAGAGCCAGGGUUUAACUUUGUUUGGGGCAAGGAGAACUUUUAG